AAAGACGUUUUGUCUUAUCUUCAACUACUAUUGCAUUUUAAUUUUUUGUUUUGUGUUUGUGGACUGUGGUUGUUCAAAGGCAAAAAAACAAAACAAAAAAAAGAUCCAAGGUCUAAUUUGGAAAAAUAUAAAAUCCAUAGUCUAAUUUGGUGAGCUAUAGUUGAUAUUAUUAAAGGGGCUCGCCUACCCACAAUCAUUAUUUUGCUCUACAUUUAUAUACUGUACUUUCUUGACUAACUUCCGAACUUGUACAAUUUUCAGUCUAUCACUAUAGAUCCGAGGAGCUGCUGGAAGCUCUGUUAGCUUGGAAAUCUUUUGCCUGAGCUACUAUUUUGGACUCAGGGUGCCUUCGUUAUUUGGCUUGAGAAUGGAAAAUCCUGGAAAGAAGGUGUUGCUUACUUCCAAUGGUGAUGACAUUUGCAAUAACAUUGCUUACCAUUUAGCUCAAAGGGGUUGCCAGUUGGUUCUGAUGGGGAAUGAGAGACAAUUGAAGAGCAUAGCGGAUAACAUAAAGCAAUCUCUACAGGGUAGCACUGCAGUAGAAGUUGUGGGAUUGGAUAUGACGGAGGAUAGAGAAACUGCUUUUGAUGAAGCUGUGGACAAGGCAUGGAAGAUAUUUGGGAAGUUGGAUGCUUUGGUACACUGUUAUUUCUAUGAAGGGAAAAUGCAAGAUCCACUGCAACUAAUUGAUGACGAGUUCAAAAAGAUUGUCAAAAUAAAUUUUAUGGCUGGCUGGUACCUGUUGAAAUGUAUUGGUAAAAGAAUGCGAGAUAGUUCCGGAGGAUCCAUUGUAUUUAUGACCUCUAUCAUUGGUGCUGAGAGAGGAAUAUAUCAAGGAGCUGCUGCUUACGGUUCAUGUGCGGCUGGAAUUCAGCAGUUGGUUAGGUUAUCUGCAAUUGAAUUGGGGAAGUUUCAAAUUAGGGUGAAUGGCAUAUCGCGUGGAUUGCACCUCGAGGAUGAGUAUCCUCUUUCAGUGGGAAAGGAGAGAGCAGAGAAGUUGACCAAGGAAGCCGCGCCUCUAAAUCGAUGGCUUGAUACCAAAAAGGACCUGACUUCCACUGUCAUCUAUUUAAUCAGUGAUGAUUCAAGAUAUAUGACGGGAACCUCCAUCUUUGUUGACGGUGCCCAGUCUCUAGUCAGGCCGCGAAUGCGUUCAUACAUGUGAAGUGUCUAAACAUGUAUGUAAUUAAAUUAUAUGCAUGAAUGGAGCCAGACACUGGAAUUAUAUUGUAGUGUUGUUUAAAGCACAAGCACUGGGGAAGGUACCAUUAGCUCUCUGGAUUUCCUGCUACUGUGUUUGAUUUGAGUUUCCAAUAAGGAUCACAUUUUCUUUUUUCUUUUCCGUCCCUGAUGUGAUUUAGCUCAAAUUUUAAUAUACUUCAAGUGAGGAUUUGUUGCAACAAGUGGGAAUUGCUCGAAUGGUGGACACUAGGAUUGGGCAUGGUAUGGUAUAGUAUGAUAUUUGAAAUUUCAGUACGGUAAUUUUGGUAUUUGAUUUUUAAAAUACUAUACCAUUACAAUACUAUAUUAAUUCAGUAUGGUUGGUAUUUUGCGGCAUGGUAUUAUCAGUAAUCAUAAUUUAACUCUGAUAAUAUAUACUCAUAUGAUAGAAUAUUAUAAUUUUAACUUUCAAAAAUAUGUCUCAAUGUUAUUGUACUAAUGCAUUGCACAUUUAAAAAGGCAUAUUAAAAGAAAGUACAAACAACUCUUUUGGUAAUUAAUUACAUACAAAAGACAUUUCAAUUGAGAUAGAGUAGUCAAAGUUAUAAUGUAUAAAUAUCUAAUUUUAUGCUAAUGCUAACUUGUAUAUUUUUUUGCAAAUUUAAUAAUAUAUGUAUAGGUAUUUAUACAACUAUAUACUUUUGUAUGGUGUAUCAAAAAUUUUGGUUUGAUAUGGUAAUUAGGUAUAUGCCAUACUAUGUCAACUUCUAAUAGGUACCCCACUUCCAAUCUUGUGGUUGUGAGUUUGGAGCUCUUAAGGAGGGGUAAAAGAAACAAUGAGAAUUUGUUGUGUAUUUCCUCGAUUAUCGCUUCUUAUUCCUCACUCUUUUGGUUUGUCGUCUCUCUUUAGGUGCUGCAUAUUUGUGUCUUACAGUUUUUGGGAACAUGCAUCGGACGUUUGUCCCUUUAUUACUCCCUACCUUAUGCACUGAGCCACAUUACAUUGAACAUAUUAGUUUACAUGGGUUAAACAAUUUUACUUGGAAGACUUCAGAUUCAAAAGAAAAGAUUGAACAUAUUAGGAAAAUUUACUUGCUAAUAUACAGACAGCACGAUACAUAAUAAUUAAUCUGGUUAAUAUGAGUUAAAACAAGACAGACACAACAAAAUUUCUUUUGUUGCCAAUUUGGAAUUUUCUGUACUAGCCUUGACACACUGCAGUUUUGUACCAGUUGGGAUGAGAAGAUGUAUGAAGCCAAAAAUAUAUUCAUUCACCACUAGACUCUUCUCAUGGAUAACAUAGUUGUGUUCAGAAAUUCCUCAACUUCUCCCUGCCUUUCGUUUCCUCUACAACUUAUCCUCCAGUUUCUCCUUAUCUCUUUUUACGUUGCUUUGUCUAUGCCUGCUUAAUCACUAUUGGUUCUCUAUAGAUGUUAAAUUGUGAGCUGUCUUUUAUCUUUCCCCCCUUUAAAUUAUACCACUCAUGAGCUGUACUUGGAUGAAAAACAGAGACCAUAAAAAUAAUCUUGAUAACGUUAUUUCAUAGUAAAUGGGUACUUUGUGGUGCUGUUCAACCAGCCAAAUUUUUCCCCGCCAAACAAACCAUUUGUCGUGAUCAUUCUCCACACACUAUUGUCUAUAUAAACUUUCGCCAAGUCUCAGUCUUCAUCCACCAAGCUCAAACCACUUGGAACUGUAUAAAUCAUCUGCUAUAACUAUGGCUCAUCACUCCCUUUACCUUCUCUUCCUCUUUGUCUUAUCAUCAAUCAGCAGCCAUGCAAUUCAAGCGGAGGCUCGCCGUCUUUUGGAAGUAAGUUUGCCAGAUGUGCCGAAGCCUGAUCUUCCCAUUGGCCUCCCAAAACCCGAGCUACCAACAUUGCCACAGCCUGGAUUGCCCACAUUACCUAUGCCCGAUCUUCCUAAACUGCCAGAACUUCCAAAAUCUCAGCUGCCAACUUUGCCCAUACCGGAGUUGCCAGUACCUUUGCCAGGACUUCCCAAACUACCACUACCAGAGCUGCCAGUACCGUUGCCACCUCUGCCAAGCCCUUAAGUACUAAAGUUCCCUCGAUGAAGGAAACUGUACGACAUGCUAUUCAAAAUGACUCGUUUGUAUGAUUGUUGUGUUUGUUAACCUCGUCAUUUUAUUGUUGUUAAGCUUUUGUUUGUAAAACUCUUGUUAUUAAGUUGAUUGUUUGUGGCAGUUAA